AAUGGCAAUUGGUUUUGGUAAUAUGGAAUAAGGAUAUAUUCCUUCUUCCAAUUUCCAACUACACCGUCUUGGUUCUUCUUCUUCUUCUUCUUAUUCUUCUUCUGUGUUUGUUUCUUAUAAAUCAAAAAUUUUGUAAGAACCCCAAAAAUCCUCUGUGCCCAAAACAGAGCACCAGAAUCAUCAUCAUGGAUCACCCACUUUGAUUACCCGAAGAACAAAGAACGAAGAACGAAGAACGAAGAACGAAGAACGAAGAACGAAGAACGAAGAACGAAGAAGGUAGCAUCUGGACCUUCAAAUCCAUGGAAAUGCAGGAUCCCACCAAUCCAAAUCCGGGUUCUCAUCUCCAAAACCACGUCUCCUCUAACUCUCCAAUGCCUUCCUCUUCCAAUCCCACCCCAUUCCGCGGCUCCUUCCACCGCCGCGCCCAUUCCGAGGUCCAUUUCCGGAUUCCCGACGAUCUCGAUCUCGUCUCCGACCCUUUCGAUGCCCCAUCUUCUGGAUUUGGAGAUCUGGGCUUCGAAGACGACCUCUUGUGCACCUUCAUGGACAUCGAGAAUAUUGGAUCCAGAAUCGAAAAUGGGCCCUCCAAGCCUGAAGCUGCCGGUGUCGGUGGUCCGCCGGUGGAGAAUGUUGAAGGGGAGAAAAUCUCCCGGCCCAGGCACCGCCAUAGCAAUUCCGCGGAUGGCUCUUCUAUUAUGGAGUCUAUUGAGGCUAAGAAGGCCAUGGAUCCUGAUAAGCUUGCUGAGUUGUGGACCAUUGAUCCUAAGCGAGCCAAGAGGAUUUUGGCAAAUAGACAGUCUGCUGCUCGGUCAAAAGAGAGGAAAGCUCGCUACAUAAUGGAACUUGAGAGAAAAGUUCAAAGUCUUCAGACUGAAGCAACUACUCUUUCUGCGCAGCUCACAUUGUACCAGAGAGAUACUACAGGGCUUUCAACUGAAAACACGGAACUCAAACUUCGCUUACAAGCUAUGGAACAACAAGCUCAUUUACGUGACGCUCUAAAUGAAGCAUUGAAAAAGGAAGUUGAGCGGCUCAAGGUUGCUACCGGAGAAGUAAUGACAGCUACAGAUUCGUAUAACUUUGGAAUGCCUCAAGUUUCAUAUCCCCGAUCUUGCUUUCCACACCAACCACAAUCUGUGCAACACAACCCACACAGGACGCAAAGGACCCAAGUUCAUCCAUUCCAGUCUAGUUUCCCGAACCCGCAUCAAGCCAUGUUUGUUACCUCCCACCAGCCACAUGCCUUGACAGAAAUGUUCCACCAGGAUCCUAUUAGCCGAUUACAGGGUCUCGAUAUCGGUAGCAGAGGUGCAGAAAUAAAGUCAGAAGGUUCCUCCAUAUCCGUCAGUGAAAGUAGCAGCACAUUUUAACCCAAUUUUUCGCCAACCUAUGCAUUGACCUCCCGGUAAAGGUGGCUUGUUCAUAGAUUGACCCUGUUGACAGACAAAAACUUUUCCUCAUUUGUAUGUCUUCUUUUUCUCCAUUAAUUGCCUUUGGCACCCGACGGGAUAGAUAAAAUUAUUCUUGUGAUAGAAGGAGAAGCUUUCUCUUGGCUGGAAUUCUGUUUCAUAGUCUCAUUUGCUAUCAUUCAAAAACAUUGAUUUUUUUUGGUAAAGGAGAAGCUCUCUCCAGCAAUCUAUUUUUGCUUACAUUGUUCAUUCAUCCAUUCUUUAUUAGUCAAACUCAUAGCUUGGUCCAAAGUUGCUGCCAUAGAUUUGUUUUGAAUACUCUUUAAGAUCCUGAGAAUGAGAAUGACUCUGACUAUUGUGGAUUUUCUGAAUGAAAGCCAAAA